UCUUGAAAAGAAAGUGGGGUUGCCACCCAACGAUCGCUGGGUCAACAGUGCACUGCGCAUGCGCGGUCCACCGGACAAGAUGGCGACCAGCAAUGGUGGAGGAAUGGAGGUAGACGGGGCAGCCACCCCCAGUGUCAUGGCCUCGGGGGUCACUGGGAGUGUUUCUGUGGCCUUACACCCUCUGGUCAUCCUCAACAUAUCCGACCACUGGAUACGCAUCCGCUCUCAGGAGGGACGACCCAUGCAGGUGAUCGGCGCUCUGAUCGGAAAGCAGGAGGGUAGAAACAUUGAAGUGAUGAACUCCUUUGAAUUAAUGUCUCACACCAUAGACGACAAAGUGCACAUCGACAAGGAGUACUACUACACCAAGGAGGAGCAGUUUAAACAGGUCUUCAAAGAAAUGGAGUUCCUGGGCUGGUACACCACAGGCGGGCCCCCUGAUCAGUCGGACAUCCACAUCCACAAACAGGUGUGUGAGAUCAUCGAGAGCCCGCUCUUUCUCAAGCUCAACCCGAUGACCAAACACACCGACCUUCCUGUUAGCGUUUAUGAAUCUGUGAUCGACAUCAUCAGCGGCGAGGCCACUAUGUUAUUUGCUGAGCUGACGUACACUUUAGCCACUGAGGAGGCGGAGAGAAUCGGCGUCGACCACGUAGCUCGGAUGACGGCCACCGGAACCGGAGAGAACUCGACCGUGGCUGAACACCUCAUAGCUCAGCAUAGUGCAAUCAAGAUGCUCCACAGCCGAGUGAAGAUCAUCCUAGAGUACGUUAAAGCCGUGGAAGCGGGAGAGGUGCCGUUUAACCACGAGAUCCUCCGAGAAGCUAAUGCCCUGUGCCACAGACUGCCGGUCCUCAGCACCAUCAAAUUUAAAACGGACUUCUAUGAUCAAUGCAACGACGUGGGCCUCAUGGCGUACUUAGGCACCAUCACCAAGACGUGCAACAGCAUGAACCAGUUCAUCAACAAAUUCAACGUCCUUUACGACCGACAGGGCAUCGGCCGCAGGAUGAGAGGACUCUUCUUUUGAGUUUCUGGAGAUGCAAACAACACAACCCAGUUUUUUCUGUUCUCUCCCCACCUUUUUUAUUUAAUUUUUUUGCUUUGCGUGUAUUUUGAUUGGCUAAUAGAACCUCACAGUUUAUCAUCCUCAGCCACAAUCUGAGAGCACUUAAAGACGUCUCAGUGAACCCUCUGUACACCAAUGUUGUCUUUUACCCGGGUUGUUUUCUAGUCUCAUGUUUCUGUAUGUAAUAAAGGAUCGGAUGUUUUUUUCA